AUGGCCACGUCCGGAAACUCGUCAACUGAGUCAAAGGCGACUUCUCCAAUUAUGCUGCCGAAAAGGAGUGAUCUUGUACCGAGCCUCGGUCCAUAUAACCCAGAUACUUCGUGGGAAAGCUAUCGGGAACGUUUGGAACUGUGGUUUGAGAUAAAUGAUGUCACCUCUGAUAAGAAAAUGCGUGGGUUUCUUCUCACGGAGAUUGGAGCAGAAGUUUAUGAGACUGUGAAAGGUCUGGUGAUGCCUCAGAAGGUUCAGCAACUCAGUUACUGUGAAUUAGUGGAGAAAAUUGCUGGGCAUUUUGGACCGCAAAGAAAUGUGAUCCUCGAGAGAUACAAUUUCAUGCAGAGGACACAAAAGCCUGGAGAGACUAUGACGCAAUUUAUCGCCGAAAUUUGCAAAUUGAGUCAAUUUUGUAAUUUCGCUGAAUUGGAGAAUAUGCUGCGAGAUCGCAUAGUGUGUGGAGUGCUCAGUGACUCUUUGAGGAAGAAGCUUUUGUCGGAAAAAGAUUUAACAUAUAAACGAGCUUGUGAGCUGGCUAGAGCGGAAGAGACUGCUGUGAAGGGCCUGGAAGAGAUGAAAUUUGAGCCAGCAUCAUCUACUAGUGAGGCACAGAUCGUGGCAAAGAUCGUCCGGAAGAUCUGCUUUCGAUGCAAUAAACAACAUGAGUCUGCUGAGUGCUGGGCGAAGGACAAGACAUGUCAUAAAUGCAAGAAGACCGGGCAUAUUGCUCCUGCGUGUCCUAAUAAGGGAAAAAGUCAGAAAAAGGUCCAGGCGGUUCUUGUGAAAGAGGAUAGUCAAGAGUCAGAUGGAGAAGUCGCAUCGAUAAAUGUGAUUGGAACGUCAAAUCGCUCAUUGGAAUUAGAGAUUGAUGGUAAAACAGUUUAUAUGGAUGUAGACUCUGGAGCUUCAAACACGGUGAUGUGUUUAGAGCAGUGGAAAAAGUUGAAGUCACCACAGAAGUUGAAGCAGACCGAUCUAAAAUUGCAGACGUGGCUCAAAAGAGGUGUCGAUAUUGUUGGACAAGCAACUGUGACAGUUAAAGUUGGUGAUAGGGUAGUAAAUUUGCCAUUAAUUAUCACCAAAUCUGGUGGAAACUCUCUUUUGGGUCGAAAUUGGUUCCAACCAUUGGGUAUCUACGUUCAUGUUCCGAAGAUCAAUGCUUUGGAGAGCAACGCAGUAGAGUCAGUGUUAACCAAAUAUCACAGAAUCUUCAGGGAUGAACUGGGAGCACAUUCCGGGAGAACAGUGGAGAUUCAACUGAUCGAGGGUGUGCAACCGGUUUUCCUUAAACACCGACAAGUUCCAAUUCCUCGUAGAGAAGCUGUUGAGCAGGAGUUGGACAAAUUAGUGGAACAAGGGGUGCUGGAACCAGUUGAGUUUUCGGAGUGGGCUACUCCUAUCUGUGCAGUGAAGAAACCAGAUGGUUCUGUGCGAAUCUGUGGAGACUACAGAGCAACUAUCAAUCCAGUGACGAAGACGAAUGCAUACCCUCUGCCGACAGUGCCGGAGUUAUUGGCUGGAGCUUCUGGUCAGAUAUUCUCGAAGAUUGAUCUUACUCAGGCAUACCAGCAGCUUCGUGUGGAUGAUAAGACGGCAGAAUUGUUGACUAUUAACACUCACAAAGGACUCUUCAGGGUAAAGAGAAUGCCGUUUGGAAUAUCUGCAGCACCGGGAAUUUUCCAAAGAUUUAUGGAGACGUUGCUGGCGGGCAUUCCGGGAACUCAGGUAUUUCUUGAUGAUAUCUUAAUUGUUGGGGGAAAUGUUCAAGAACAUGGGGAGAGAUUGGAUCGGGUUCUCCAAAAGCUAGAUGGUGCAAAUUUGACAGUUAAGAAAGAAAAAUGUAGAUUUGGGGUGCGAGAAGUAGAGUUUGUGGGGUUUAGGAUUAGUGAUAGGGGAAUUCAGCCUACAAACAGACAUGUUAAAGACAUUUUGGAGGCACCUUCACCGAAGAAUCAGACUGAACUCAGAGCUUUUCUUGGCAUGAUCAACUUUUAUGGAAGAUUUGUUCGGGACAGGGCAUCAGUGUCCGAAUGCCUACACCGUUUGCUGGAUGGGAAAUCAACCUGGAAGUGGGAAGAAGAGCACCAGCAAGCCAUAGAUAAGUUGAAGAAUCAGUUGAUGUCUGCUCAAAUCUUGAUGCAUUAUAAAAUGGAUUUGCCCUUAAUUUUGUGCUGUGAUAGCUCUCCUUAUGGAGUAGGCGCAGUAUUGGCACAUGUUACACCUGAAGGGGAGAGGCCUAUUGCGUACUUUUCUCGUACUUUGAAUCAGCAUCAGAGGAACUAUGCGCAGAUAGAUAAAGAGGCACUUUCGAUUGUCACUGCUGUAAAGAAUUUCCACCAAUAUAUCUGCGGCAGGAAGAUUAAGAUUUUCACAGACCAUCGACCUCUUUUGGGAAUUUUCAAUCCAAAGAAACCGAUUCAAAAUACCAUCUCUCCAAGAAUGACUAGAUGGUGUUUGGCUCUGGGAGCGUAUGAUUACGAGAUAGAAUAUAGACCUGGAGAGAAACAUCAGAAUGCAGAUGCUUUAAGCAGAGUUCCCGUCAGAGAAGAGUUGGAGAUUGAUGAGGAUCCAUCCGGAGAGAUUUUGAUGCUCCAAGAUGAUGUGACACCAGUGUCCGCCAGAGAAAUUCAAGAAUUUACGAAGAAAGAUGCUACAUUGAUCCGAGUAAAAAGAUGGAUACUAGAGGGAUGGCCAGAGAGAUGUCCUAGCGUGGAGAUGAAGCCAUUCUUUGCAAUCCGAACAGAAUUGUCCCUGAUGAAAGAUGUAAUUCUAAAAGGAAAUCAAGUAAUUGUCCCAGAGCCACUCCGCGACAGAUUACUGAAUUCACUUCACGCUACGCACUGGGGAAUGGUGAAUAUGAAGGCCAUUGCCAGAAGUUAUAUGUGGUGGCCUGGGAUGGACGCAGGGAUUGAGACGAAAGUGAAAUUAUGUGAACGUUGUCAAGUCGUCAGGAACAAUCCACCGAAGGCUCCACUCUGUCGAGAAACUGAGGUUACUAAACCAUGGGAGAGGCUACACUUAGAUUUCGCUGGACCAGUGCGGGGUAGAAUUUAUUUGAUAGUCGUGGAUGCUAUGUCUAAGUGGCUCGAAGUUAAAGUGGUGAAGUCUCAAUCUAGCCAAGAAGUAGUUAGAGUACUGAGAGAGUUAUUUGCAACUCACGGUGUCCCAGCAGAAAUCUAUACGGACAACGGUACUGCGUUUGUGUCUCAGGAGAUGAAGAGAUUUCAUGAGGUGAACGGGAUACGUGGCAUUACAAUUUCACCGUGGCACCCAGCGAGUAACGGACAGGCGGAGAUUAUGGUGCAGAAAACAAAGAAAGCUUUGUUGAAAUUUGAGGGUGAAGAUGUGGGUCUUAAGUUGGCUAGAUAUUUAUUUGCUCAACAUACAACACCAAGCAAUACGACGGGAAAAACGCCCUGCGAGCUCCUAAUGGGAAGGACUUUGAAGUCAUGUCUCAGUAGACUUCAUCCAGAAGAGAUCAAAGAGGAGAAGAAAGAGAAAAAGGAACCAAGAAGAUUUAAAGUGGGGGCUGCAGUUUAUGUGAGAAACUACGCUGAGGGGAAUAGAUGGGUCCCGGCUUGGGUAGUGGAAGUAAAUGGACCAGUUUCGUACAAAGUGCAACUGGAAGAUGGGAGUGUUUUGCGACGUCAUGUAAACCAAAUGAUAAGUCGAUUGAUCAAAGACACACAAAUGCCAGUUGAAGUCCAUGGACCUUCCGAGUUAGAAGAGAGUGCAGAUGUGGUGGAGAGUUCUGGAGAGGAAGAGGAUGAAGAAGAGGAGUUUGAAAGUGCUUCGGAGGGAACGGAGGAGGAAGUUCCCGCCGGGGCUCAGGAGGAACAGCGGCCUCAGCGCGUACGUAGACUUCCCGGAUAUUUGAGGGAUUAUGUUCUGAGUUAA